GUCCAUUAAAACGAACAGCGUAAAUAUAUAAAGCAACAAAUACAUACACACACAUAAUCAAUCGGCACGCCAAAUAAAUCGAAAACCCUAAUUUCAUUUUCAAGAACAUAUUAACUAAAAAUACUCGAAUUAUAAAUCACGAUAUCAUGAGAUGAUUACAAAGAUUUCAUAUGGCAAGGAUACAACAACACCAGCAACACGAAACGAUACCGUUAUCCUGGGGCACGUUAGAGGAGCUAUUACUAGCCUGUGCCGUUAACCGUCACGGCACAAAAAGUUGGGACUCAAUCGCCAUGGAAGUUCAAAACAGAACCUCUACUUUUUCUUCACUUACUUCUCAAAACUGUAGAGAUAAGUUUACUGAUCUUAAACGACGGUUUGUUUCUCAAAACGGCGUAGUAUCGUCUAUUGUCGAUCAGCUCCGUAAGAUUCGUGUCGAGGAACUUCGACGUGAGGUUCAACAACGUGAUGUUUCCAUCGUGUCGCUUGAAUUGAAGGUGAAGAGAUUAGAGGAAGAGAGAGAGCGUAGUAUAAAAGAAGAGGCAGAUCUGAUUACAGAGGAAAAAGUUUCACCUGAUACUUUCGCCGGGAAAUCCGCCGGCGGAAAUAACGACUCCGGCGACGAGCUCGACAAUCGUUCGUUCAAUGAGUCUAAUUCUACAAGUCAACAAAAGGCAGAGACGACGACGUUAAGACUGCAAAACGACGUCGUAAAAAUAGAGGAGAAUAUAAAUGUAAAAAUCGAUUCGGAAAAUAGAAAUGAGCGCGAUCCGGAUACAAUACCCGACCCAGGAGAUGAGAAGGAUUGGUCCCACAAUGAUGGUGAUAAUAAUAAUAGAAAAAAAAUAAAAGCAAAUACAGCGGUUAAAAAGAAAAAUGAAAUGAAAUUGAGUCCGGCCACGGGCGGACUCGGUGGCGAGUCAAAUGAGGUUGGCGAGUCGGUUGGAGAGUCUAAGCGGGAGGAUAAAGAAAAAGAGAAGCAAAAUAACAGUGACGUGCAAAGCUCGGUUAGUUUGUCUCAGUAUAAAAAUAAAAAACGUCGCCGAGGAGACGGCGGCGGCGGUGAUAGAGGAUUAGUUGUGAGUAGUAGCGGAGAAGAGCCGGAUGGUGGUUAUGAGGUUUCUCCCGCCACAAAGAAUAUGCCUGCCGUGAAAUCUGAACCGUUGGUUAAAUUGAUUUCCAUUAUUCGCUCUCAUCAGCUUGGCUUCACUUUCGAGCGGCGGCUUCGAAGCCAGGAAUCAGGAAGGUACAAAAAAUUGAUUAGGCAGCACAUGGAUCUUCAAACAAUUCAAUCCAGGCUUGAUAAAGGAACCUACUCAUCUUGCCUCCACAAGUUCUUCAGAGAUCUCUUGCUUCUAUUCAACAAUGCAAUCGUUUUCUUCGGGAAAAACUCACCUGAGAAUCUCGCUGCCUGUGAACUCCGAUCACUAGUUUUCAAAGAAAUGACAGAUAAACUCCGUACACAGCCAAAACCUCGAACUAUACUCCCUGUAAAACCUGAACCAAAACAACAACCCGUUUCAUUUUCAAAGCCGAAUAAAUCUUCCUCCACCAUUGUUGUCUGCGGAAAGGGCAAUUCAGUAAAGGCAACAUCUGAGAACGCUGCGAAAAAAGGUAAUAAAAGAGAGAAAGAAGUUGAAGAAAAGACAGAGGCCAAAGAGAAAAAGAUUGAAGAGAAGGGCAUAAAGAAGAAAAGAACUAAGGAUGGAUCAGGAUCAGGAUCCGGAUCAGUCUCGGGUCAUAGGAAUAAUAAUAGUAGCAACAAAAAUAGAGAAAUAAAGCACAGGUACGGUGGUAACGAGCUGAGCUCACAUGAUGCCUUGGAGAUGAAGAAUGGAAAAAAUGGAAGUGGCGUGAGAAAGAAGCAAGGAGCAGCGAGUUUCUUAAAAAGAAUAAAGCAAAAUUCUCCAAGUAGAGCGACGGAGAAUGACGAUGACGACGACAACGAUGAUGAUUCUUUAGAAGAAGAGAGUAAACGAGGCAGAGAUGAAAAAACGGCGAGGGUGACGAGGAGUUGGAGAGGAAGAGGUGCGAGAGAAGAUAGUAAGGGGAAGGGGAAGAGAGGAAUUGGAAGGCCGCCGAAGGAGGUGGUGGUGGAAUCAGGGAAGAGAGGCAGAGAGAAUAAUGGCGGCGGCGGUGGUGACAGGGCAAGGAAGAGGUCAAGGAGGUGAUUUGUAUAAUUCCAUUGUUUUCUUUAGAUUUGGUGUUUUGUGUCUUUGAAGAAUUUAGAGUGUGAGACAGUAGAAGAGAAGAGAAGAUUAGGAAAAGAGGAUGAGAUUGUAGUUGUAAUUUGUAGAGGGAAUGUUUGCAUUGCAGGGACUUGCAUAUAUAAUAGCAUAUGUAAGGAUAACAUAUAGCUUUUCGUUUUCGUUUCUUUCA